AUGUCCUCAUCUGCAUCAUCAUCCAUAUCACUUACUCUAGAGCCUACAAAUGAUACUUUUAUCACAAAGAGAAUAAAGCUUAGUGAUAAACCAGUCAGGAUAGGGCGUACGACUAAUAAAAAUUCCACACCAUUAG